AGAGCCAAACAUAAACAAAGCUGGAAAAAAAAUCAAUUUUCAUGUAAUUUUUGUACAAUUUCGAGGAUUUUUCACAAUUUUUUAAGUGAAAAUUCGUCAAUAAGUGACCAAGAUGACGUCGGCGUUGUAUUUGGAACAUUAUCUGGAUGGUCUCGAUAACCUUCCCAACGAUCUAAAACGGAAUUUCACACUGAUGCGAGAUUUGGACAAGCGAGCACAAACCCUGAUGAAGGAAGUGGACGAACGAGCGGGAGAAUUGUUGCAUUCGAUGACAGGAGCAAAGGAAAGUAUCUCGGAAGAAGCUCGCAAAGACAGUAUUAAAAAAAUUCAGGAAUUGUUCAACAAAGCGAAAACCUACGGCGAUGAAAAAGUACAAAUAGCCAUUCAAACGUACGAACUCGUGGACAAGCACAUUCGACGAUUGGAUUCGGAUCUGGCACGAUUCGAGGGCGAAAUUCAGGAUAAAACGCUGCAACAACGCCCGGGAAGCAAAGCGGAAGAAUCCGCAGCAAAAACGACAAACAAGAAACGCGGAAGGAAGGCAAAAGAAGCGACAAAAGCGAGCGGUAAGAAAAGUAAGAAGGCUGGAUCGUCAGACGACGAAGGCGGAAGAGGCGCUGCCACUGCAGGUCCCGGCAAAAAAGGCCGCUCAAAGGUAAAUCAAGAAAAAGAAGGUCGUAAAGGUCAAAAGAAGGGUGACGCAGAAGAAGUUUUAUCCACGGGAAGUCAUACGCCACACCACCCAAGUGACGUUCUCGAUAUGCCAGUUGACCCCAACGAGCCUACUUACUGUUUGUGUCACCAAGUCUCGUACGGCGAGAUGAUCGGAUGUGACAAUCCAGAUUGCCCCAUUGAAUGGUUCCAUUUCGCCUGUGUCGGUCUCACAACAAAACCCAAGGGGAAAUGGUACUGCCCAAAAUGUUCCAACGAACGGAAGAAGAAAUAAAAAGACAUCUUUUACUACAAAUUUUAAAUAUUUUAUUUCAAUUUUUCAUGAAACGCGAACUGUUUUGGUAUUUUUAUUUUGAUAAAAAGUUCCUG